AUGAAGGCCUUUGCGCGAGGCGCGACUCGACUUCGCAGCACAUCGCUCAGUGCAGUUCCUCCNCCACGCUCUUCCUCCGAAUACAUCGAUGGCUACGCCGCUACUGCCGCAGCAAUCCUCUAUCGCUCGCCCUUGCCGUCUGAAUCCGGUCUACCCGUCUACAUCCUCAAUGCCGCCGCCUUCCCCGAUGCCUUCGAAGUCGACUACGAUGCCCUUCUACCCUACGUACUCGCCAGACUACCCGGAGAGGAAGAACUGAUUGCAGGCGAGGAGUAUGAGAUCGUCUUCUUUGCUGGUGGACAGCCUGAGAGCGCUACGUCCGAGAAGAAGAGUGGCCCGGGUAUGGGCUGGUACCUUCAGGCUUACCACGUGCUCAGCAGGGCAGUUCGCAAGAGACUGCAGAGGCUCUAUGUUGUCCACGAACGCAGCUGGGUACGCGUACUCAUCGAGGUUUUUGGCACCAUGGUCUCGUCCAAGUUUCGCAAGAAAAUUGUCCACGUCUCGACUCUCUCGCAGUUGGCUCUGCAAAUUCCCAUCGAGAAGCUGCUCAUCCCACCCAACGUCUACCUUCACGACCGCCGCUUGUCGCCCGACAUCCACUCGCCGUAUGUUAGUGGCCGGAGAGCCUUUUGCGCCAACGACCCUAUGCCUCGCAAUCUGUACGGCCAGAGACGUCUGCCUCGUGUGCUAAGAGAAACGACAACUUUCCUGUGCCAGAGUGAGAAUAUCAAGACAGAGGGCAUCUUCCGUAUCCCUCCUCAGUCCAUCCUGGUUGGCAUCUUGAAAGAGGCUUACGAUCGUGGUCAACAAUUCAUUGUCUGGAAGGAGGGCGGAAUCACCUACACUCAGCCUGAUGUGGACCAUCAGACUCUCAGACACAUUCAUCAGUCGGAUGCGUAUGGCGUACAUCUGGCAGCUGGUCUUAUCAAACUCUGGUAUCGAGAGUUGAAGACGCCCAUAUUCCAUGAGACUUGCUACGAUGAACUGAGAUAUAAGUUCGGAAGUCCCGAUGCCGAUAUUGAGCUGGAAGACCUGAUCGAGAUGCUAUCACCAACCUCGAAUACCUCGUUCCUCUCACAGACAGCGCGACUGAUACUGAUACUCCACCUUCUUCCCCUGCUCUCUCUCGUCACAGGCUACCAGGCAACCAACAAAAUGACACCAGACAACUUGGCCAUAUGCUUCUCGCCGGCUCUUGUCUGCGGUUCGGAUCAACUAGCUGACGCCAAAAUGACCUCUGUCGUUCGUCGAGUACUUGAGGCUGGAGUCGAGUAUUGGUCGCAUGGCCUGCGAGACGCUUGUCAGACUGCCCCAGACUCGUUUGUCGCCGCCCUUAGGCCACCGCCGGCUGCCCAGGACUACGAAGAUCCUUUGCAGGAACACUACAGGGAUACAACAUCACAUGACUCUGGAGAGCGAUCACAUAAAAUCCUUCUCCAGGACGAUGAGUCUGAGAAACCGACUCUCACCCCUCGCCCAUUCUCGAAAACAAGGCAGCCUGAGGAGUCCAAGUCGACGUUUCCUGCAAGAACUGAUAGUCUGGCUUCUCCCAUCAAACGCAAGCCUGCACCAAUAGGUGUCGCUCCUCCGCCUUAUGCAAAUUUCCCUAGCCGCUCCGUCUCGCAGUCACAUGCAAGCCAGUCAAGUCCAUUGGGAGGCUUCACGGACGUCAGGAAUGCUUUGCCAUACACAGAAUCCCAUCCCAAUGCUCCNCCCAAGCCAGCCCCUCCAGUGCAGAACGAUCUCAUGAAAGAGUUGAGGAACUCACUAGCAACCGACGUGGUAAAGAGAAAGCCAGUAUCAUCAACAGCAUCGCCAGGCUCUCCAACAAGCAAUGACCCACCAUCUGCCCAACCUCAACGCUCAGUAUCCGCGCGUGUCCCCUCACCACCAAAGCCAGAGAACAACAUGUUCGUCAAACCCACCUGGGCAGCAUCCUCACGCACGACUUCGCGCGCACCCUCUCUCUCCAACCCAUCUCCCGCUACCGCCUUUGCCGCACCCACAUUUGCCAGAACCCCAUCACCAGGCCUGCUCAAACGCAUGGCCUCCAUUGAAUCUACGCACAAUACUACAAUCGCGGCCCAGCAACCGGAUCCUAAUAGGAUUGCACCUGUUGUUGAGAAGAUUGGUUUGCGCAAGAGCUCGGUGGACGAUCUUAAGAGGAUCUAUGAGGAGAGGGUUGGGCUUGCCAGGGCGGCUAGCGUGAGUAGUGUUAGUAGCAGCCGGAGGACGUCGAACGCUAGCCUGAGUAGAAGACCGUCGAAUGCUGCUGUGUAG